GAGGACAUCCACCGAUGAUAACUUUAUCACCGUCGGCUAUGGUCUAUCCACUGCUGGAUGGAGGCCUCCCCGAGUCCACCUCUCACCAUCCUGCGCGGGGUGGCAAGGGGGUUUCUCCGGGAUUAAUGGCAUGUGGGUGGUAUGGUGGGGGAUUGUUUCUCCAGGAUUACUGGGAGGGGAUUACCGCAAAGAUUAACGGGGCGAUAAUUGGUUACGCAGGGCCUUGUAGGAGGAGGAGGUCUUAGCCGUCUCGGUGUGAGCCAGGAGAGGUGGGGGGGGGGAGCUUCAGAAGGAGCUGCCUGGGCAUCUGUGCCCCCCUCUCUGCUCUCCCAUCUCUGCUGUUCACUCUGCGAUUCUCAUUGGUGUCUUUCACACCGUCGUUGGCUCCACUCGCCUGCUGCCCGACCUGCACCCUUCGUGUUCUUCUCUCCGACCUCCACCCCCUCGUCCGUCCACUCUCCACCCUUCGGUGUCCGCUCUUCAACGGUCUCUCUUCGCUUCGUGGUCCACAAUCUCUCUCUAUAUAUAUUCUUUAUCGUCCAUUCUCCACUCUGUGCUCUCCUUACUCUGUGACUGCCCCUCUUCGCCGUACGCUCUGUCCCCUUGCACUCGGGCGACUCUUCACGGAGUUCUUCGCCCUUCGCGUCCGCCUCUCCGCGCCUCAUGGCCAGCGACCCCAAGAAAAAAGUGAAGGCGGGCGACCUGCGCCGUCUAAGCGCGCGUUUCCACAAACUCGACCUCGACUCAUCCGGGGCGCUGAGCGCGGAUGAGUUCCUGUCGCUCCCGGAGCUGGAAAACAACCCGUUGGUGCGUCGCGUGGUGGACAUCCUCGACUCGGACGGAGACGGAGAGGUCGACUUAGCAGAAUUCAUCGAAGGAAUCUCGCGAUUCACCAUCAACGGCACCAAAGAAGAGAAGUUGAAGUUCGCCUUCCAGAUCUACGACGUGGACCGCGACGGCUUCAUCACCAACGGGGAGCUCUUCGGCGUGCUCAAGACCAUGGUGGGGCGCAAUCUGCGUGACCCGCAGCUCCAGCAGAUCGUCGACAAGAGCAUCAUCUCAGCCGACGCGGACGGCGACGGGAAAGUCUCCUUUCCCGAGUUCUGCACGAUGAUCGGGGACCUGGACUUCCACUCGAAGAUGCUCGUGGAGAUUUGAGACGCGUGGCCUCUCCCGUCACCGAGAUUUCCCGUUCACAGCACCCUCCUCCACUUCCUCCGACAACACCGCCACUACCAGAGUUCACCACCACUAUCUAACCUAUAAGCAUCGCCAUUACGCCCAAAGCGGGUCUUUCAGAGAAACCAACACUGCAGCUCUUGGCUUCGUUUUCCAAAAGACGGAUCAGUGUCAUCAGAGAACCCAAGGAGACAAGUGUAUUUUUAAUCACUGGGAUAGAAGCCUCAAGUCUUCUAAUUUGACGAAAACUAUGGAAACUUAGUACAUUUGCUACAAAAACACAUCAGAUUCUCUCUGUCACUGCUUGAACUGCAGAUAUCAUCAGCGGCAUCAUCACCCGAGCGACAGUAAUCAUCAGCAUCAGUCACCACCAAUCCCCAAUGCUGGAUGAAGGCCUCCCCAAGGCUUCAUCUCUCACGGUCCUGCAGUACAAUCCACACACCACUGGCGCAUGAGCCGACCUCAUCGGUCCAGAACCGUGGUGAACGUCCUCUUGAAAGCUUUCCCUCCUUUUGCUUUCACGCGGUAGUUAGUCUUGCCCAUCAGCUAUCAUCCUAGGCCCACUUACGUUUAUUAUCAGGCAAUCUGUUCACCUGCGUUAUUGCUAAUCCUUUUUGGCGCCGUAUAAUUCCAAACCC